AUGAUAAAAUACGUGCAAGAUAAUUUGUAGUUGACACUCUAAGAAAAAUAGAUGCUUUACAAAAACGGUUAAAUUAUUUUUGAUAAGGUUAAGCAGGAUGGAGGAUUUAUUAAAGUAUUAAUUUAAUUUAAAUAGGUUUAUUGUUAAAAAAAGUUACCAUAAUAUUUAAUUGAUGAUGAUUGGAUAGACAUGUAUAAAAGGAAAAUAAUUUCAUAUGAAUUUGGUUAAAUUGUUAAUGCUCUAUUAAUUUAGAGACCUCAUUAUUGUACUGAUACUGAAGUGUUAGAAAUUUGGAAUUAAGAUUCUUUAGCUUGGCGUACCUUAUAAGUCUAUUUAAUCAGUAUACCAAAUGAAGUUACUGAAAUCUUAACUUUAAAUUUCACUCUUUAAUAGAUAAGUUAAAGUCAUGGUGAAAAGUAAAUAUAAGUUGAAAAUUAAAUUGAUGAGAGUACUAAAAUAAUUUAGGAAAUGUAAGUGUCUUAAUUCAUAUAAUAAAUUGAAAAAGAUUAAACUAAAAAUUAAGCAUCAUAUUUUGGAAUUAUAAAUCUUCAUAAAAAAGCUAAAGAAAUAAAGCAUAUUAAAAAUUUUCUGCCCAAAUCAAUCAAACCUUAGGGCAAUUAUGAUGCAUUGAGUUAUUUGAGAAAUGAUAUUUCUACCAUUAAUGUACCAUAAUUAGAAAUUUAAUAUCACAGCAAUUGGAGAAGUCCAUCAAAAGAUUAAAUUUGUUUCACUUAAAUUAUUUUAAAUCUUGGUCCAGAUGCAUGCAUUUGGAUUACAAUAGAUAAAGAUAAUCUAACAGAACUUUAACAAAAAAUCUUAUAGAUUGAAAAUAUUAAUGUAUUUAUCGAAGAUAAGAUUUGGUUCAAAGAUCCAAGCUAUUUCUUAUUGAAUAAUAUACCUUUUAGAUAUUUUGUAUAAAAUAAAGGAGAUUUAGUUAUUCUUAGUCCUGGAACCUAUAGUUGGUAAAAAACUGAAGGUCUUAAUAUAUCUUGUUCUUGGAAUUAAGUUACUUUGGAUGAAAAUUCAUUAAAAAUAAUUAUUAAUUAAUAGAAAAUCUUUAAAGAAUUGAAUUAUUUCAGUAGGUUUCCUUAUAAAAAUCUAAUACUUGAUUUAGUGAUUCAUGAGAAUAAUUUGGAUAAAAAUUUACUCAAUUAUCUUAGAUAAGAAUUACAAUAAUAUAUAUUUCAAGAAAAUUAAAAUUUGUAAUCUCUAGAUCAAAAAAAUUAACCUACUUUUUAAGUAUAAAGAGAUAAAUCUUUUUGUACUUAAUGUUAGAGAGAAUUAUUUAUAUACUUUUAUGAGGAAGAAUAAUAAAAUUUAUGUUUAAUUUGUUGUAAAAAAAAUGUAAAUCUUAACAAUUCAAAUAUUAAAUAAAAAUAUAGAUUUCAAUGUUUGAACUUCUUGAUAGGUUCAACUUUAUCAAAUUGUAAUAUUGAGUUUUGCUCUAAUUAUACAGGAAAAACUAAAUGUACAAUCAAGGCAGAUUAAUAAUAAAAUUAAAAAAGUAAACUUAAUUAAAAAGGGUUCAUCAAAGCAUCAUAUGAAAAUAAUGGAAAAAAUAAAAUUAUUGAACAAUAAACUUAAAAUAUCAUGGAAUCAUCUGAAGAUGAUAAAUAAAAAAGAAAAAAUAAGAAAUAAGAUAUCUACCAAGGUUAACAAUUUAUAAAACAAAAAAAAAUUUGA